CGCAGGCGCGGCGCGCGGGGCUCUGUGGUGCCGCCGCCAUCGCUGCCGCUGAUGGCGGAGCCGCCGCGGCGGCCGCGGGCGCUGCUGCUGGCCGGGCUGGCCGCCGCCUACCUUGCCGCCUUCGGCUCGCUCUACGUGCAGAUCCCCGGUCUCUAUGGAAGAGAUGGCAUCCUGCCUGCCCGCAGGGUGCUGCGCCUCAGCGGGAAGGGUCUAUGGGAGCAACUGCGGGAUUUCCCCACCCUGCUGUGGCUCGGGCCCAGCCUGGGUUUGGAUACGGAGCUGGGAAUGGAGCUGCUCUGCCUCCUUGGUGUGCUCUGCUCCUUCGGUGCCUUGCUGCUGGAGCCCCUGAGGGACAGCCUGGUCUUUGCCUUGCUCUGGGUGCUCUACCUUUCACUCUACCAGGUGGGGCAGGUUUUCCUCUACUUCCAAUGGGACAGUCUGCUGCUGGAAGCGGGGUUCCUGGCCGUGCUGGUGGCCCCCCUGCGCCUCCUCUCAUGGGGGUCCCCCGCCUGGCGCCCCCACGACAGCGUCACCUUCUGGCUCGCACGCUGGCUGCUCUUCCGCCUCAUGUUCGCCUCGGGGGUGGUGAAGCUCACCAGCCGCUGCCCCACAUGGUGGGGGCUCACAGCGCUCACCUACCACUACGAGACGCAGUGCAUCCCCACGCCGGCCGCCUGGUUCGCGCACCAGCUCCCGGUGUGGUUCCAGAAGCUCAGCGUGGUGGGCACCUACGUCAUCGAGGUCGCUGUCCCCGUCCUCUUCUUCGCUCCCAUCCGCCGCCUCCGCCUCUUCGCCUUCUACAGCCAGGUCCUGCUGCAGGUCCUCAUCAUCCUCACGGGCAACUACAACUUCUUCAACAUGCUCACCAUCGUGCUGGCCUCCUCCCUGCUGGAUGAGGAGCACGUGGGGCGCUGGACGGGGCGCAGCAAGAGGAGGAACACAGGCUCCUGGCCCCCCAGCCUGGGCUCCUUCCUGUCCACGCUGCUGGAGCUGAGCACCUACAGCCUCCUGCUCUACUGGAGCAUCCAGUACUUCGGCCUGGAGAUCAGCUGGGAGCAGAGGCUGCUGGAGUCCAAAGUGGCCUUCACCUACCACGAGUUCACGACGUGGCUGCGGGCAGUGACGCUGCCGCUGGUGGGACUCGCCUUCCUCUCGCUGUCCUGGGAGAUCCUGGCUGCCAUGUACCGCUGUGCCUGUGUCCGUGGCUGCUUCUGGAAGCUCUGGGCCACGCUGCAAUGGGCUGUGUUCGCCACCGCGGCCAUGGGGGUCUUUGCCAUCAGCUUGGUGCCCUUCACCUACAUGGAGCACGAGUCCAACGCGAAGCUGUGGCCCGGCAUCCACCAGGCGUUCGGCGCGGUGCAGCGCUUCCAGCUCGUGAACUCCUACGGGCUGUUCCGCAGGAUGACGGGUGUCGGGGGACGGCCCGAGGUGGUGCUGGAGGGCAGCUACGACGGGCAGAGCUGGACGGAGAUCGAGUUCAUGUACAAGCCGGGGAACGUGAGCAGGGCCCCCCCCGUGGUGGCCCCGCACCAGCCCCGGCUCGACUGGCAGAUGUGGUUCGCGGCCCUGGCCCACCACAGCAGCAGCCCCUGGUUCAGCAGCUUCGUGCACCGCCUGCUGCAGGGCCAGGAGGACGUGAUCCGCCUGGUGCAGGUCGAUGAGUCCCAGUAUCCCUUCAGCGCCCGGCCCCCCGUCUACCUCCGUGCCCAGCUCUACAAGUACUGGUUCACCAGCAGCGCCGAGGGCAGCCACCUGUGGUGGCGGCGGCAGUGGGUGCAGGAGUUCUUCCCCACCGUGUCCCUGGGCGACCCCACGCUGGAGAACCUGCUCAACCAGUAUGGGCUGAAGCAGGACAAGACCCUGGCGAGGCGCCCAUCGGCCGCGGUGCUGCCGCGGGUGCUGCAGUCGCUGCGCCGGCUCUGCCGCCCCGUGCCCGGCCCCACCAUCCUCUGGUCCCUCUACCUGGUGGCGGCCACCGUCUGCCUCCUGCGAGCCCUGCGCCGCCGGCGCCGGGGGGGGGCACCCCCCACCCGCCACAAAGGGCCCCGGCGCGGGGACCCUGCGGACAGGGGGGGCACGGAGAAGAACGGGCACGUGCGGAGGAGGGAGCCCCAGGAGAGGGGCGAGAGCCAGGGCUGCGGGGACGGCCACGGGGAUGGCCGCAGUGACAGCAGAGGGGAUGGCCGCGGGGAUGGCCGCCAUGGCACCAAGAGGAAGAAGUAACGCCCGGAGCCACCGGCCCGGGCCCCAUCUUCCACCCAUGGACUGAAGGCACCCCGGGGUGCUGCACUAGUGCUGGUAGCACCGGGUGGCCCCAUCGCCUCUGACCCCCGUGCUGUGGCUUUGGGGUGAUGCUGGCACUGGGGGGGUGGGUAUUGGCACUGGGGGGGUGAUGCUCGGUGCUGGUGGGAGCAGCUUUGGGCAGCGCCAGCCCUUCCGGUUAUGCCCUUGGCCACCACCAGACCCGUCUGGGUGCUCCCCAGCCCAGUUUGGGAGCUGCCCCCCCUCGCUGGGCUGCUCCCUGCUCUCCGGCGAGCUCAGCGGCUUCCUAUGUUUUCUAAAUAAAGCCUUUGACAUUCCA